AUGUCACACAUGGUGCCCGAAGGAGAAGUGAUGCGGCGUGCGGGCAGCGGCCCCGCCAGCCCAGCGCCGCCAGCGCCGCACCAACCCACCCACACACACAGGACUUCAGAAAAUAAAGAGUUGCUGCGUCAGCAACUUCUGUCUGCGAGCAAGGAGCGCGCGGACAGACAGGAACAAGCCAAACCCAAGCACGUGCGCAGCCGACAGAAGAACCGAUGGAAGCUGAAGUUCCACCACCAAGCGCUGCCCCAGGAGUAUCUAGACCAUUAUGAGCAGAGCUUGCAGAAAGCCAACGCUAAACAACAGAAAGCACAAGACAAGAAAACACAAGACAAGCCAAAAUCCGAACCCAAUAUUGAUAUCAAUAAUUUCACAAACGAAACUUUCAAAAUGUGGGCGCAGCGCCUUGCUGGCAUACAGAAUGAGACAGGAACACUGACGGUGCCACAAGUGUCAUCAGUGCUAAACAUGGCCGCGAAACCAAAGGCCGAAGAAAAGAAAAAGAAGAACCCCGCUAUCGCUCCUAGCAAAAUCAUUACGUAUGAAGACUUGCCGUACAUGGGAGAGAUGACGCUGAACAACUCCAAACCUCGACGAGGACGGAAGCCAAAGAAGGCUGACAUCUGCCAUCUCAUAUAUGAAAACUAUGGAACGGUCGUACCAGGUCAACCACCGCCUCAAGAACGACUGAAUCAGUUAGGUGUGUGUGCUCCGGUCCGUAAUGCAGAUACUCCGUUAUGCACGCCAAAAACCGAUCUUCAGAACAAGAUAAUCUCAAGCUUAUUGGAGCGUAAAUUAUCUCAAGAAAAUAGGCGGCGUCUAGAGAAUCAGUCUCCACCGAGGUUUUGUAGUCCAGACGAACCAAUGCCUGAGGCACCGGAAACCGCUGCGGGGCCGUUGCAUAGCGAUGAUGAACCGCUCAAUCUCUGUAUUAGAGAUCUCCACGACUUAAAAAUACAGAUACAAAAGAAAUUCGGCAACAUUUACUCGUCGCUGCCUGAAGUUAAAAUGGAGGCUGACGCGGACAGCUCCGAGCAAGAGCUUAAAGUCGAACAACCAAAUGCUAUUUCCGUUAUCCAAAGGAACACAAAUGUCGCUCCAGCGACUGCCAGCAGUUCGCCAGAUCUGUCGCGACAGACCAGAACUGUUUCACCAGCACUGUCAGAGCCCGCGCAAUCUACAGUCGGUCCAGAUGGCGACGAGAAGAUUCCGGGAUACGUUUACUGGCCGAACGCAGGGAUUUACAUGCAUCCGUUAGCUCUACAGACACAGCUUCUUUACUACCAGAGGCUAGCAGCCGCGGGCCAGCUGCCAAUGUCGCAAGAAGAAAGAGAAAAAGUACCCUCCAGUAGCAGCGAGAGUACUCCGACAGAGCCAAGUUCUCCUGACGGAAAGAAGAAACUUGUUCUCAAACAGAUAUCUGAAUUAUUAGAUCCUAAAGUGAUCAAGCAAGUAGAGGAAGCAAAGAGUCCGGACAGUACAAAAAUGAAACGGACCUCGCCAAACCCUGUACAGGGUCCAGUGAAAAGAAAACGAUCAGCAAUUUUUAUCCCCCCGAUGCCUACAAAGAGUAACUCGACAAAUCCAACAACGGAAGUCAGUAUAUGCAAGUUUAAAUUCACCGGCGGAUCAAAACCUUCACUACAAGAAAAGAAGAUGCUAUCGGUGGACUCUGGAGGCAACUUUAGAUACUACAGCGGUACCGGUAAUAAAGGCAACAAGAGUUAUGAAAGUGUGCCAAAGGAUUCAAGUAAUAGAAGUGAAUCUUCCACAGAAACGUCCACUUCUAUGAAAAUGGACGGACAAAGUUCUACUUCUAUGGGCAAGGACGAUCUGAACAAAAAGAAGAGGAAGUCUCGAAAGACCUUACAGAGGGAGAAGUUGGAGCAGACGUUUAAAGAGAAAGGAUUUCUAAUACAGACGCAGCAACUGCAGUCGGCUGAAGGGGCCACUUAUUGUAAGUUUAGACAACUGAGGAAAUUUACGCGGUACCUGUUCAGGAGUUGGAAGGAUUACCUUCCUGGAGAAUUGGAUGAGAGACCGAACGAAGAAAAUUCUGUAGAACAACAAGUUAAACCAAAUGGUGCAACGGAAUGGAGGUGA